GAAUAAAGCGGUUCUCGUAUGUGUAUUUUUUUGUUUCGGAAGGUGUCAAAGAAAAGAAUCGCCAGAUCGUGUAAUCGCCCACUACACGAUCUCAGACUAGAGUUACCAAGAUGGUGUACGAAAUAACUGAACAAAAAAAAGUUGGGUUGGGCCUCAUUGGUUUUGGUUUAUCCUUUACGUUUCUCGGUGUCAUCUUGUACUUUGACAGAGGUUUGCUCGCUCUAGGAAACUUAUUCUGGUUGAUAGGUGUUGGCCUUUUACUUGGUUGGCAGUCGACUUGGAGACUAUUUACCAACGUUAACAACUUGAGGGGCACUGUCUGUUUCAUCCUUGGACUCUUUCUUAUAUUUGUACGUUGGCCCAUAGUCGGCAUUAUCUUGGAGAUAUACGGUGUCAUUGUCCUAUUCGGCGGAUUUUGGUCAACGGUAAAGGCAUUCCUUUCCCAGAUUCCGUUUGUUGGGUGGAUAAUACAGUAUCCACUCAUGGUUCUUGAGCAACUUGUAAGAGGUUCUCGUUGAUACAGAUCUCAAUCUCAUGGCUGGUUAUUCGGCCUCUCUAGAAUUCCAAAACAACUGAUGCUUACUUUUUUUUUUCUUCUUCUUGUAAAAACAGAAUCACAUGCUUCAGCUUACUUCUUCUUUUUUUUUAGAGACCAUGACAGAGUCGUUGCUCUGCUUUGUCUUUUACCUAUAUACAUAUUCAUUAUUCAUAUGGCUCCUGCGUGUAAAUAUAGUAUUUCACGUGAA